ACGGUCUUCCGCUCGAAGGAUAAGUCAUGUCAAUGUUUACUAAGUGAAUUUAAUAAUCAGCUGAUAAUUAUCUGUGGUUGUGCACAAAGUGAACAAUGAAUCGCAGAAUAUGUGACUUGACUCCUUGGACUUGAUGGUGCCACCUACAUGCUGCCACUGGCCUUCACCUACAUAGUGCCACUGGCCUUCACCUUCAUGUUGCUGUCACCAUUAUCAGGCUGCAAAACACUUUGACCUGUAGCCUUUCAUAAACUUUAACUUCACGAUGUCAUUGACCUUUUCCUUUAUGAGGUUGGUGAACUCCACCUUCUAACUGCCACAGACCUUCACAUUGGCUCAUUCAUAACCUUCACCUUGACAAGAAGUGCAAUAGAGAGGAGGACGGAAAGACUUACGAAAUGCAGAGGCUGGAGUGUAGUUGUAUGGAACUGGCCCUGGAAGGGGAGAGACUCUGCAAGGCGGGGGACUGCCACACAGGAGUGCAGUUCUUUGAGGCAGCCGUGCAAGCUGGCACCGACGAUCUAAAGACCCUAAGCGCCAUCUACAGCCAGCUGGGCAACGCGUACUUCUACCUACAGGAGUAUGUCAAGGCCUUGGAGUACCACAAACAUGACCUGAAUCUGGCCAGAGCUCUUGCUGACAGGAUGGGGGAAGCCAAAGCCAGUGGGAACCUGGGAAAUACUCUCAAAGUCCUAGGGAAGUUCGAUGAGGCCAUUGUGUGCUGUGUCCGACAUCUGGAUAUAUCCCGAGAAAUAAGAGACAAGGUGGGCGAGGCACGGGCUCUGUACAACCUUGGCAAUGUUUACCAUGCAAAAGGGAAGCAUGUUGGGCGGAGUGGCCACCAAGACCCAGGAGAGUUCCCUCCACAAGUCAAGGACUGUCUGCAGAAGGCUGCAAAAUACUAUGAAGAAAACCUGACCAUUGUGCGGGAACUGGGUGAUCGGGCAGCACAGGGCCGUGCAUGUGGAAACCUGGGCAACACCCACUACCUCUUGGGCAACUUCAGCCAGGCCAUCAAGUUCCAUGAAGAGAGACUGGCAAUAGCUAAGGAGUUUGGAGACAAGGCAGCUGAGCGUCGGGCGUACACUAACCUGGGGAAUGCACACAUAUUCUUGGGAGAAUUUGAGAUUGCAGCAGAUCAAUAUAAGAAGAGUUUACAAAUAGCGGCCUUACUAGAAGACAAAGCUCUAGAGGCACAGGCCUGUUACAGCCUGGGCAACACAUAUACAUUGCUACAUACUAUGAAAAAAGCCAUUGAGUACCAUAUGAGACAUCUAAUUGCUCAAGAAUUACAUGACCCGAGGUCGGGGAGGGGCCGGGCCUGUUGGAGCCUGGGCAGCGCCCACUCAGCCUUAGGGAAUGAAGCAGCACUCAAGUUUGCAACAAAACACCUGGACAUAUCUCGGGGAGGUGAGAUCGGGGAUGAAACAGGACAGAUGAUAAAGAUGAACCUUGUUGACCUCCGUUCUGCACUAGGCAUGGCAGAUCACAGCAAGGAGAACAUGAACAGUUCCUGUAGCGUGCUGGCCGACUUGAGAGAUGCAGGAGGGAAGGAUGUUAGUGAUGUGGCUCUAGGACGUCGCCCAAACCGUGCACGAAGAUUCAGUAUGGAGAACAUGGAAUUAAUGAAACUAACUCCAGAUAAAAACAAGCAGCAGAAUGUUGCCAAGGGUGGUGGAGGAGCUCGGCCCAAGGUACAGAAGUCUGCCAGCAUUGCCACGGAGAUGUCCAUGGACACGCCCAGGGCAAAGGCAGCCAUUGUUCGCCCAAAAACUGCAGAUUCCGCACUCCAAGAAGAAAAGGAUGAGAAUUCUGAUGACGACAGCUUCUUUGAUCUCCUCAGUCGGUUCCAGAGUCGAAGGAUAGAUGACCAGAGAUGUUCCUUUCGUCUGUCAGAACCGACACCUGCCACACCUUCCACCCCCGCCACCCAACCUCAACCCAACGGUCAAUCCCUGUCCUCACAAGUUGCCUCCCCUGGCACAGAUGAUUUCCUGGACAUGGUGGCAGGCAUCCAGGGAUCACGCAUGAACGAUCAGCGAGCAGAGUGUCCCUCAUUUCCCGGCCUCAGUUCACAGGCUGUCAUUGGUCAGUUACUCCAGCAGAAGUCCGACGACACGGUCCCAGAUGACAACUUCUUUGAGAUGCUGAUGAGAUGUCAGGCAUCUCGCUUGGAGGACCAGAGAAGUGCUCUGCCCCAGCGGCCAGCCGCUCCCACCGUGCCCGACGAAGACUUCUUCAACCUGAUCCAGCGUGUGCAAUCCAGUCGACUAGAGGAGCAACGCACAUCCAUGCCAGCAGACUCAAAGCCAAACUCAGAUUCAUCCAGGAAAAGCAAGAAGAAGUGACAGUGUUGACAGUUGUGUGUGAGAGUGCAGGGCUGGUUCAUACGGUUGACGGUCAUGCUCAACACUGCCCCGGGGCACCUGCAACACAUCUGCCUGACAGUUUACAUGACACAAGUCAUUAUCUGCCUCAUUGUGUGCCAGUGAACAAACAGAUGUGCAUAUUCUAUCCAUAAACAAUUUUGUCUAUAUGUCGUUUUCAGCUGAACAUAUUAUCUGCAAUCCUAGCAUACAUUGUUACCUUACAUGUGGAGCUCAACGAUGACUCUUGAUAUCAAUAUGCCAUUUAUCUUUAGCAGCUUCAUUACUAGCAGUAGGUCAUUGGGAAAAUAUAGCUUGAACAGAUCUUUCCAUUUGACUCGGCGAGUUACCUCCCUUGUAGAUGACGCCUCCCUUCCUCAGACUGAAACAAACAAUUACCUCCCCUUGCAAGCUGAUGGAGAUGGAUUUUGUAUGUAUCCAUUACAUCAGUGUCAUGAGGGGCUCGGGUGUUUGGAUGUACCAUAUAUUCUUGAGUAUAGUGCACACCCAAACAUAAUGCACAACCCCACUAGGGAAUUCAGUAGUUUUAAAAAAUAGAUUUUGAGUAUUAUGUAAAGAAAAAGCUACAUUGUAUCCCUUCAGCAAAUUCAGGGAUAAACAAACAGGUAUCAUAACUUUAAAAAUAUUUAAAAUUUGAGAUAAAAUGUCUCUUGACAUAAUGAUUUACCAUUGAUAUUAUAUCUCCUGUUCUGCUGGAAGUUUGUGUACGAAGAAGUAUUUCCUCAAGAUCUAAGCUGAAAAAAAGGAGUCUGCUGUGCAGGUUUUCUCUUAAUCUGCGGAAGAAUCAUUUAUAACAUACUCAAUCAAAUAACUUCGAACAAUUUAGUCGCAUUGAUCAGAAGAAUUAUACCUGAGCUAUUAUUUUAUCAGGAAUAUUGUGUUCCAAUAUUGAAUUUUAGUUCCUAGUUUGAAUAAAUAUUUUUUAAUGAUAAUAUGCAUAGCUCUUUGGUACAGCUGAUUGCAUGGGUCAGAUAUUGUGUAUCUCUGUAACUACUUGUCAAGUACUUCUGGGGCUCUCUUCCUCGGCGAUUGCCAAACAUUUGUGUACAUAUGUGCAUUAUACUUGGGAAAAUAAGGUACUCCACAAACCUUUGUAGCCUUGCUGGUCUGAGAGGUGAGACCCUGCAUGAAGUUCCAGAACCCUGGACAGAAAUGGAGCAGUUGUAAAGAUGUUGCAGGGAAGGUAACGUUGCCACACUGGAGAUUUUAACAAAUCCGAAAAUAUAAUUCUUAUGGAAGGUUUGGAUAUUCACAUUAUUCAUGGUUAGUGUGACUAUCUCGGGUUAAAAGUUAUGUUUUCCUUUCUUUAUCUUUAACAAAGUGUCUGUGAAGACCAUCUCACAACACUGUUUGGUGUCUGUGAAGACCAUCUCACAACACUGUUUGGUGUGUGUGAAGACCAUCUCACAACACUGUUUGGUGUGUGUGAAGACCAUCUCACAACACUGGUGUCUGUGAAGACCAUCUCACAACAC